AUGCCCAGGAAACAUUCUACUCGUGCUUGCACUGGUUGUACUAUGGCCAAAAGAAGGUUGCAACAUCCCUCAAUAAGUCAUAAUAACAUUGCAGCUUUCUUUAGUUCAAAAUAUGGUCUUAAUAUUGAAAAGUCUACUAUCACUAAAAUUCUAUCACAACAAAAGAAAUGGCUCUCUUCUGAAACUUCUACAAUU